CGGGUAAGAAGAUGGCUUCAUACAUAAACCAUUUCGGGUGACAUGGAAACGUCGGAGCCAGGCCAGGCCGACGGAGAGGAGCGACCGGCGGAGCCGAGGCCGCGGACACGCUCCAACCCGGAGGGGGCCGAGGACCGCAGCAUUAGUAGCAGCAGCGCCCCGCAGCCUGCCGUGGGCAGCCGCAGUGAGGGCGAAGGGGAGGCCUCCAGCAGUGACAGCCCUCCCAGCUCCACCACCGCCACCUCCGCAGCCCCCGCGGCUGUCGCCCCUGCCAUCUGCACCGUUGCCCCCGCUGCCUCCACUGUGAAGGACAGGCCGAAGCCUGCGCAAGCGUCCCCGGCGCCCCCUCUGCCCCCGGUCGCGGACGUGCAACUGAGAGCGCCGCGAGUCAACUGCCCGGAGAAAGUGAUAAUAUGCCUGGAUCUGUCAGAGGAAAUGUCCUUGCAGAAGCUGGAGUCGUUCAAUGGAUCGAAGACGAAUGCUCUCAACGUGUCACAGAAGAUGAUUGAGAUGUUUGUUAGGACAAAGCACCGGAUCGACAAGCGCCACGAGUUCGCCCUUGUUGUUGUCAAUGAUGAUGCCUUGUGGCUGUCUGGCUUCACCUCGGACCCCCGAGAGCUCUGCAGCUGCCUCUAUGACUUGGAGACAAACGCCUGUGAUUCCUUCAAUCUUGAAGAUCUCCUGAAUGUCAUCCUGCAUAAGAUGGAGCUGCCGUUGAUGGAGAAUGUCCAGACCAUCCCCCCUCCCUUCGUGGUGCGGACGCUCCUUAUUUACAGCCGGCAUGCAGGGCAGCUACAUUUCAAUCCCUCCGAGGCUGUCAGGAAGAUGCUGCAGUCGCCUUACUUCUUUUUUGAUGUGAUUUAUCUGCACAAUGGAGCUGAUGAGCAUGGAGAUGAAAGCAGCUGGAAGGAUAUUUAUGCCUCCUUUGGGAAGCUGGACUCCAAAGGCAUGUGUUACCGUUUUGAGGUGUCCCUGAGCGCCCCCGCCAUCGAGCUGCACAACUGCAUGGCCAAGCUUCUGGCCCACCCCCUGCAGAGGCCUUUUCAAAGCCACGCCUCCUACAGUCUGCUGGAGGGGGACGAGCCUCAGGAGAUGGAGGCCACCGUCUGAGCUGCAUGUCCAGCCUUUUUAGCUUUCCCUCUGCGUCAGCUAAUUGCCGUGGCAACGAUUUACAUUACAUCACAAGCGUUUAAAGCGUCCUUUGAGGUUAUCUAACCUCUAAUUCUCUGCAGCCAGUUUAUGGCGAUGAUUCUCAUAUGGCACCGAGUGGAUUUGUAAUAUGUGUUUAUAUGUCUUAGUCUCUGAAAUGUACAUUGAUUUUUAUUUUUUAAUGCCACAUUUGAACUUUUUUUUGUUCAAGGUUUAAACUACCCAUAAAUUUCUUUGACAAAACAGGGAUACAGUAUUUCCCUUAUAAAUUGCACAUAGUUCUUAGUGCGCAAGAAUUCAUUAAAAUCAGCCCAUCGUACAUCUUGUCAUAUAGUAAAGAUUUGGAUAGUGUCUGUGGCUCUUUUUUGAAAAUUUGUUUUGAACUAAGUUAAAAAAGAACCAUCUUACAGUUAUAAGAAAAUUACAACAAUACA